AUGGCAGGAGUCCAGGUCACAGACGAUGACACCGAGCUGGAGCCCCUGGACGAAAUGCAGGUCCAACAUGAAGUUUUUGGCCGGUUCUUGGCCUCUGAGGUGUCCUUGUUCCGGGAGAAUCUGGAAAAGUUUGGGAAGGAGCUCCGGGAGAGUUUGCAGGCCCUGAAGCAGGAAUUGGUCGAGCAGGUGCAUGCCGAGGCAGAACUGACAGGGCGCUCUUUAGAGCAAAGGCUCAUGGUGGCCCUCGAAGACCGGGUGACUGACCUCAGACAGACGCUGACGGGGACCCAGCAGGGAACGCAGGAGGGAGAUCCAGGGCUCAAGCCAGCGGGGUCUCGAGUGGCGUCCCCCGGACCCUCCUCGCCACGGCCGGGCUCAUCUGUAAAGAGGAGUUUGUCGCCACCUGCUCUGGCUAAUCCUCCCGUCCCAUCGUCUACAGCUGCUGAAACUUCACAGCGGCGGUCUCCAUUAACCCUCCUGCCAGAUGAACCCGUUUCUGAUAUCACCGUGGUGUCAGACGAUGACGAGUAUGAAGGGGAGACUCUGCCAAUGUCCCAGAUGAGAACCUCCCAGAAGACAGCCUUCCUCCCUCAGGCGGCUGGCGGGCCGGAUUUAACCCAGGGCUCAGCGGCCACAAGAACAGCCACCAGCCUGGAGGACCUGCCACCCCAGCUGGCCUCGGCUCUGGCUCAACACAUGACGGGCACACCAUCCCACAGUCGGGAAAAGCUGUCUCCGCUUCAGAAUGCAUUCUUCAUGCACCAGAUGGAGGUGCUGAACAUCACAGACACCAGGCUCCUUAGCCCAAACGCAGAGCGCAUCCACCAACGUGGCAUCCGAGCCAAUAUCUGGACUCCCGGCUGGAGGCCUCAGGGGACAAAGUCUAUGCCAGACUAUCUGGGAGAAAAAAUCAAGACAGCUAUAAGAAGGAAACGGAGAUCGGACGAUCUGAUGCAGCAGCUUGUGGCGUCGUCCACUAAUGUUAAAAAACGCUUGUUGUAG